CGCCUCGUGUCUCUCUGGGAAAACUCUGGACUCAAGACGUUUUGGUGUCCGGUUCUGGGUCUGUCGGAACUCCGCAGGAAGACAAACCCUCCGAGCCCCUGAACGCCUCACCAGGGCCAAUAUGGCGGCACCUCUGCCCAGCAGAUGCGGCUUCUUCGUCCAGAAGAAAAACCGCUUCUGUAAGAUGGUCCCCGGAAAGGGGCGGAGCUUCUGCGGAGAGCACGCGACCAUGGUGAGUCACGUGGAUUCAGGAGUUACUUCCCAAAAAGGUCUCAUCUGGAUCGGUGCGCUGAUCAACAAUUACGUCAUUAAAACUGUGACGUGUUUCCUGUUUCAGGAGGAGGGGGUCGGUGGCAGCAGGAGGAUCACGUGUCCACUGGACCCCAAGCACACUGUGGCCCAACAGAACCUGGAGAAGCACCUGAAGAAAUGCAACUCUAGAGAGAAACCCCGACCCGUCUACUAUGUAGAGAACAUCAAUGCAGGACGAGUUGACAGAGAUCAGGAGCUUCCAGAGGUGUCUCUGGCUGAGCGCAGCAGAGCAGAUCUGGAGUCUCUGGUGGAGAAACUGAAGGCAGCUGCUGAAGGUCUUCAGCAGGACGUGGAGGACAGGACUCUGUCCCAUCCCGUCCUCCAGGAAGAACUGUCUGACCCAAGGAACGGAGGCUCCGCCCACAAACACCUGAAGCAACAGGCCUCCCUCCUAGGUCACCUGCAGGAGCUGGGUCUGCUCAGCAGGGGGCGCUGCUUUGUGGAAUUCGGCGCUGGGCGGGGAAAGCUGUCCCACUGGAUCCACCGGGCCCUGCAGAACCCUGAGGGUCAGGGCGUCGCCAUGGAAACCAGCCAGGACCUCCAGCUGCUGCUGGUGGAGCGCUGCAGCACCCGCUUCAAGGUGGACGGGAAGCACCAGGGUUCUGCAGACCCAUUUGAGCGGCUACAAGUGGACAUUCAGCACCUGGACCUGAGUAAAGUUCCAGUGCUGAGGGAGAAAGCGCUGCCACUGGUGGGAGUCGGGAAGCAUCUCUGCGGAGCGGCGACAGAUCUGGCCCUGCGCUGCCUACUGGACACGGCCGGAACCCGACCAGGCACCCAGCCGCUUCCCAAGCGCCUCAGAGGGCCAGAGCUCAACUCUGGUACUGGUCCGGUUCUGGGCCUGGCCGUGGCAUUAUGCUGCCACCACCGCUGUGAGUGGCGUCACUACGUGGGUCAGCAGUUCUUCCUCCAGAGAGGACUCGGACCCGCCGAGUUCUCCGCCUUCUGCCGCAUGUCCAGCUGGGCCACCUGCGGCCCGCCGGCCAAUCACAGCGGAGCGGCCAAUCACAGCGGAGCGGCCAGUCACAGCGGAGCGGCCAAUCACAGCGGAGCGGCCAAUCACAGCGGAGCGGCCAAUCAGAGCGGAGCGGCCAAUCACAGCGGAGCGGCCAGUCACAGCGGAGCGGCCAAUCACAGCGGAGCGGCCAAUCACAGCGGAGCGGCCAAUCAGAGCGGAGCGGCCAGUCACAGCGGAGCGGCCAAUCAGAGCGGAGCGGCCAAUCAGAGCGGAGCGGCCAGUCACAGCGGAGCGGCCAGUCACAGCGGAGCAGCCAAUCAGAGCGGAGCGGCUGAAGGUCGUGAAGAAGCGGAGCAGCUGGCGGCGCUGAGCAGGUUCUGGUCGGCGGCAGAACGGGAGCAUCUGGGUCGGCUCUGUAAGCUGCUGAUCGACAGCGGUAGGCGGGACUUCCUGCGGACCAGAGGCUUCAGCAGUCGUCUGAUUGGCUACAUAGACGCAGAGGUGACCUUGGAGAACGUUCUGCUGACCGCCCUGCCCUCGUCCUGACGGACUCGCCCGGUUCUGGCCUGGUUCACGCCCUGCUGGACCGGACCUGCUAGGGUCUGGUUCCUGUCCGGAACCAGCAGCUGUAAUAAAAGCGACAGUCUGUGGAUCAGAAUCCGUUUAUUAAAGUCAAACUUGAUCAGC